AUGAUUUUCAUAUUUGGGUUUGCCAUUUUCAUUUAUGUUGCUUAUGAAUUGUACAAACACUUUUUUCCUGCACCCAAUGUUGAUCCCAAUGGCAAAUAUGUUCUUAUCAGUGGAUGCGAUAGUGGCUUCGGUAAUGCACUAGCCAUCGAACUCGACAGACAAGGAUUCAAUGUCUUUGCUGGUAUUUACAGUGAGGAUAGUAAGCCUGUAUUAACUAAGCAACUUUCAUCACGAGCAACUGUCUUCUUACUUGACAUUACUCGUCAGCAAGAUAUUGAUUCGGCUUACGAGCUGAUCAAAAGAAAAACGAAUACUCUUCAUGCCUUGGUCAACAAUGCAGGAAUUUUCACUGGUGGUCACAUUGAUUGGACUACCACAGAAUCAAUGCGUCAAGUGAUGGAUAUUAACUUUUUCGGACAGGUAUCCAUGACUAAGACAUUCUUACCACUACUGAUUACUAAACGAGAUUCACGUGUAGUGAAUGUUUGUUCGGUGGCCGGCUUCAUAUCUUCUCCAUCCGGUUCAGCAUAUUGUGCUUCUAAAUACGCACUGGAAUCGUUUUCUGAUUGUCUUCGUCGUGAAAUGUUCGCUUGGGGUUUGCGUGUGAGCAUUAUUGAACCAGGCAUCAUGCGAACGCCAAUUAUUCAAAAGUAUGCUCAGGCCGUACGUGAGGUAGCAAUGCAAUUAUCGGCUGAUGUUCGAGAACGAUGGGGGGAAGAAUUUUUGACGUGUUAUUUUGAAAAUUCGAAAAACAAUAUUUUGGUUAAAUGGGCUGAAGAUCCAAUCAAAGUAGUACGUGCACUUCAACAUGCGAUAGCAAGCACGGCACCGCAUAUUCGCUAUCGACCUGGUUGGCAAUCCAAGUUUGUUUACUUUCCUUUAUCAAUUUUACCUGCCUGGUUAACCGAUUUUUACUACGCCAAAACACGCUCUUUACCUAUCCUACCAGCCAGCGUAAAUAAGCAACUCAAAUGA